UUUAUUUCGAUGCUACUACCGUACUUGUAAUUACUUUGCCUCUCUACUACCCCUGUCAUUGGAUUACAGUACGCCUGGGCGCCAAGAUGUAUGUAGGGAAAAGGGUUCCUUCCUUUUCGGCCUUUUUGCUGGGAAAGCAGUCAGCUUCCCUCCCUUCAUUCCUCACCCCUCUGUCGAGCAAGCAAGCCUCUUUUGCGCUGCAUUUUCUUUUCCGCGGCGGGCACCAAGUGAGGUGCGGCUGAUCCUUUUUCGCUUGUCAUCCAUAUGAUGCGCGCCUUGUCAAUCUAACUGCGGAGCAAAUGUCUCUCAUCUUCUAAUUUUCGAUCCCUUUUGUGUUUCCCAUCUCACCUUUUGCUCGCCCCAAGUGAUAGGUAGUCGCUUGCUUACUCCAUUUCCAUAUUAAGAUAGCCUGCCCCCCACCGUCUCAUCUGCAUCGCAGUCAAGCGCUUCCCUUCUCUUUUCACCCCUUGUUCGUUUCGUACUAGCAAUAUUUACAGCUUUACAGUAUCUUUGCCAGUCGUGUCCUUUCUCACCAUAUUCAUUCUUUGCGACAGUCUCAGCAAUAUACCGUCUGGCUUUCGCUAGCCCGCUCGGCCCGGACCCUUGAGUUCGGAUUGAAACAUAAGGUCCAACCUAAUCAGUUAAUUAACUUAGCUGGUAUCUUGGGUACCCGCCUUUGGUACUCGUGAGACUCGCUACUGCGCAGAACACAAAUAAGCUUUGAGAUUCAGCUUUCCAGGCCAUUCCUUUCGCAGCAGCAGCACCUUUCUCCUUCGUCUCACUCUCACUUGAUUUUCUCCAAUCAAUCCUACCAGAACAAGGAACAAAAUAAGGAUUCGACUUGCUAGGAGACGCGCCUUUCAGUUUGGCUAGUUCCGAAAGAAAGAAGGAAAAAAAAAUACAGACAACAAUCCAUUAACAUGUCGGCGCAUAUGGAAAAAGCCACCGGGGGUGGACUCCAUCCCGCGCUUUACAUCGCGAGCUGGAUCUUUUUCUCCAACAGCACCAUCUUGUUCAACAAGUGGAUCUUGGAUAACAAGGAGACACCCUUCACCGUCAUCCUAACAUGUUGGCACAUGAUCUUCUCAACCGUGGCGACGCAGGUCCUUGCUCGCACCACGACCAUGCUCGAUGGGCGUAAGGAGGUCAAAAUGACUGGUCGCAUUUACUUGCGUUCUGUCGUCCCCAUCGGCCUUCUCUACUCGGGUUCCCUCGUCUGCUCCAACAUGGUCUACAUGUACCUAUCCGUGUCUUUCAUCCAGAUGCUCAAGGCCGCCGCCCCUGUCGCCGUCCUUCUCUUCUCAUGGGCAUGGCGCCUCAAGGAGCCCUCAGCCAAGACUUUCGCCAACGUCUGCGUUAUUGUCUUGGGUGUCAUGAUUGCUAGCUUGGGCGAGAUCUCCUUCAGCUGGAUAGGCGUCAUUUAUCAGCUGGGUGGCAUCGUAUUCGAGGCCCUGAGGUUGACCAUGAUCGAGGUCAUGUUGGCUGGCGACUCGGAACAGAAGAAGAUGGAUCCGCUCGUCUCUCUCUACUACUACGCCCCCGUCUGCGCCGUCACCAACAUCUUUGUCGCUCUUAUCGUUGAAGCCAAAACCUUCCAAGUUGCGGAUUUGGUCAACGUGGGCAUCGUCAUGCUUGUGCUCAACGCUUUGGUGGCCUUCAUGCUCAAUGUUGCGAGCGUUAUGCUGAUCGGCAAGACAUCAUCCCUCGUCCUCACCCUGUCUGGUAUCCUCAAGAACAUCCUCCUCAUCGUGGUUGCCGUCCUAUUCUACGCCGAGAAGGUUACCUUCAUGCAGUUUGUCGGCUACUCGAUAGCCCUCGCCGCUCUGACGUACUACAGCCUCGGGUGGGACGUCAUCAAGUCCCGCUCCGUCGCUGUCGCCGACUGGACACGCGCAAUGGUCAGCCCCUCUGGGGAUGCGGGCCUGUCUCCUGCCGUUCGCCGUGCCAUGAUUCUAGGCGUGGUGAUGCUCGUCCUUGUGCUCGUGACAUUUGCCAUGUUCUAUGACGGCACCUACAGUCUGAAGGAGGCCAUCAUCGGUCGUCGAUAGUACCCGGUAUCCCAUUACUGCGGGCCACACAAAGUGGAAGCGCAACGGGGCCUUGAUUUGACAUACCAAGGAAAACUGUGCGGUGGUCGAAGCAGUAAGCAAUAUGAAAUGAAUAUAAUAGAACCACGGGGAUCUGAUUUUUUUUUAGUUGGGCGUUUUACGGAGGGGGGAAGAUAAAGCGAUUUUGGAGUAUCUUACUUUUUGAGUAUUCUUUUUAGUUAUCGAGAAUAUUGAGCAAAUUCGAAUCUGUAAACUGAA